AUGGCUACCCCCAGUGUCCUUACUUUUGAUGCUGAGGGCCGUGCCGUUGACUUUGAGGUCUGGGUCGAUGACCUCCAGCUGUUUCUUCAGUGCGAUAGGGCGGACGGCCUUUCCCUGUUUGACCUCACUUCUGGUGCCUCCCCUGCCCCUACUGCUGAUGCUGACGCCAUUGUUCGCUCACAGUGGGCCACGCGCGAUGCUGCUGCUCGCCUUGCUGUGUGCCGCCACUUACCGACCACUGAGCGUGCACACUUUAGCCAGUACAAGAGUGCUAAGACCUUUCUGGACCACUUCCUCUCAGUUUGCCCCACCACUCUCACCGUUGACCUCCUUGAGAAGGCCCUCCUAGCGAUAGAGAAGAGCAUAGUCGCUGUAGGAGCCUCUCGUGGUGACCCUCGCACCCCCGUCUUUGAGGGUGUUCUCCCUCCCCCCUCUUGCCCUCUGUUGCCUCUGCUGCUGCAGCCAACUUCGUUGGUUUUGAGUCGGUCGGCGCUGCGUCUGCCCCAAGCGGGAGACGCCGCACCGGUAAGGGCAAGGGGGGCAAGGGCGCUGGAGGGGCAGGAGGGGGCGGUGGAGGUGGUGGUGGAGGCAGUGGAGGGAGUGGGGGUGGUGGUGGGAGUGGUGCCGGGGGUGGCGGCGGCGGCGGCAGCAGUGGAGGCGGCGGAGGCGGUGGAGGUGGCGGAGGGAGCGGAGGCGGCGGAGGUAGUGGAGGAGGCGAAGGUGGAGGAGGCGGUGGAGGCGGCGGCGGCGGCGGAGGCGGCGGUGGUGGAGCGGGUCGCGACUCUGCGCAGAGGAGUGGCACCGGUGGUGCGCGGUGGGGGUUUUGGUCCCUGCGCUUACGUCCUCCGUACCGGCGACCGCGCUGGUGAGCAGUGCGGAUGUCCGCACUCCACGCAGUGCUGCUUUGGUCGCCUGACGGACGCGUGGCGUCGCCAGUUCCCUGAGGCGUCAGAGAUCUCUCGCUGGGGAGAUCUGACUAAGGCCAGGGUUGCUAUCUUUGAUCUUGACUUUGAUGCUAUUCUUGCUGCUAUGUAUGCUGUUGAUACUAGUGUUGAGGGUGCCUACUACCUGUGUGUACCGCCUGACCCGGGCAUUGAGGCCGCUGCUCUAGGUGCUGCUGAGGCUGCUGCUCUAGGUGCUAGUGCGUCUGCUACCCCAGGUGCUGGUGUGUCUGCUCUCACAGGUACUGCGUCGGCUCAGGCCUUCCACACCUUCACCCUGGACUCGAGUGCGUCCCGCUCCUUCUUUCGAGACCGCACCACUCUUACGCCGCUCAGUCGGCCGGUUGCAGUCUCCCUUGCAGACCCCUCUGGGGGUCCUGUCCUUGCUAGCUUCUCCACUGUCCUACCGUGCCCGGCAGCCCCCUCUGGCACCCUGUCAGGCCGACACUUGGCCACGUUCACCCGUCAGCCAGGGUCGAGCCUGUACACCCUUACUUCUGAGUCUCCUCCUACUGCUGAGUCUGCCCAGGUAGCUGCGUCGAGUCAGGUGUUUGCUGCGGCAUCCAGGUCCGGUCCUGAGUCUACUCCCUGCUCGUGUCGUCUGCUGUCCCACUAG